AUGGGACCAAACACCUGAAAUCACUUUCAUUUCCGAAAAAUAUUUUCACUUAAAAAUAUUUUACACCUUGAAAUCAUUUUACAUUGAACCAAACGCAGCCUUAGUUCCUAAAUCCACCAGGCCUGAAGUGGCGUGCCCCCAUUGGCAUAGUUUACAUUUACAUGUCAGUAUUUGCAUGUAGAACACUUGCAUAAGAGCCAGCUCUGACCCAUCUCUCACUUCCCAUGUGUUUGAAGAGAGCAAAAAGUACAAAAUUCUUCAACUACUUUUGUCUCUUUCACAAGUCUGCAUGCCAUGCGUCGCACAAACCAUGCACGUCCCCAGAUUAACAAAACAAACUCCUUGCAUGCAAAGGUUCACAAUUCCUAUAUAUCAUUCUUCAUAUAUAGUAGUCGUUUUUAGUCUUAAUUCAGUCAUACUGAUACGCACACACACAAGCUGAGAUGGAUAAGGAUAAGGAGGCUUUGGUGGUUUGCAGUGACAAGAGCAUGGGAAUAGGCAUAACAAUAUGGGAUAUGGACACCGGGGAUCAUCUUCUUCACAUACCAACUUGUGCUUCACCUUCUCAUGGGCUUGUGUGCUUGAGAAAGCAGUUCCUUGUAGCUUCUCAGAUUCACAAACAUGGGUCUGUUGGUGGGGGAGCUAUCUUCACAUGGGCAUUGAAUAAGCCUCAGUCACCUCUUCGGAGUUACCCAGUGGAGGCCAUUGGGUCACUUUCUAGCACAAAGGAUGGCCUAUAUCUUGCAGGUGGGGCGCUUUCUGGAAAUGCUUAUCUUUGGGAGAUUGCCAAUGGAAGAUUGCUCAAGACUUGGCAUGCUCAUCACAAAUCUUUAAAUUGCUUGCUGUUUUCCAAUGAUGAUUCUCUUCUCAUUUCCGGGUCAGAUGAUGGUAUGAUCUGUGUUUGGUCUGUAAUUAGUUUGCUAGACACGGAGGAUUCUGGAAGCUUGCAUUCUUUGUUACACUAUUCAUCAGAGCAUAAAUCUUGUAUUACUGGCCUAUUGACCACAUCAGGAAGCUCAAUUUCAGUUUUAGUAUCAAGCUCCCUCGAUGGCACCUGCAAGGUUUGGGAUUUUGUCUCAGGAAGGCUUAUACAAACUCAAGUGUAUCCACUAGCAAUAACUGCAAUUGCUCUUCACCCAGAAGAGCAAUUCUUAUUCUGUGGAAGUGUAGAUGGAAGAAUUUUUGUCAACAAGCUUGAUGUUGGACUGUUGGAGGAACAAUUCCUUGUUGCAGAAGCCCAACCAGUUGUGCUAAAUGGACACAAUGGAGCCAUGACUGCAUUGACCUUCAGUGAAUCGGGUCUGAUAUCUGCAUCUGAGGACUGCACCAUUUGCAUGUGGGAUGUAGUCAACCAGGUGAUUAUCCGAAGAUUCAAUCAUGGAAAAGGGGCAGUAACUAAUAUGACAGUGAUUCCGCAGUCCUCACUGCUUUCUAUAUCAAAAAAUCAUAGAGUUUCAAACCAGUUCCAUGUUUCAUUACUUGAAAAGUUUCCUCAGCCAGCCAACUCAUUCAAGGGAACACUCAAUCUCUUUUCCUUAGGUCAUUCCUCUGAAGAAAAGCAGACUUCCCUUGACUUCCAAAGCACUGAUUCAUUGCAGCAGCAUAUAUCUGAUUUGGAGAAAAAACGAACACCAGCAGCUGUGCAAGUGAAGGUGGAAACUUGUAUAGAGAAUCGGAUGUGGGCCACAAGAAUGACAAAGCAUGUCAUGGAGAUGAAUAAGCAUUUGCAAUCACGUUUGCUUGACUUGAUGGAGUGCAGAUUGUUUUGGUCUACUCAAAUUGACUCACCCACAUGUAAAAAGAGAAAGAUGCUCAAGGCUGAGAGUUCAAUUCUGGAGGGGGAGGAGGAACCAUAGCCCUCAAGUUGAAUUGUCAUGGUUUGCAAUAGGUGAAUUCUGUUUCAGUAUUUCAUUCUAUUGUAUUUUUCUCUGUUAGUGUAUGAAGAACAAUAAGACCACACCUAUAAAGGUUGUUAUGAUGGU